AUGAAAACAGGGGCUGAAAAACCGCAGAAGAAAGUCAGGUUUCGUGUGGCUUCAGCUCACAGUGGGAGAAUAAUAAAGGAGGUCUUCACUGAGGAAAGACCGUCAGACUCACUUGAUUCAGAAUGUGCCACUAGCUCCGAGGCAGACCAGUUUAGUACACAAAGUGAAGUCAACGGGCAUCAUAAUGGGCAUCUGGGAUCGGAGCUUGAUGACAGUGAAAGUGAUCCAGACGAUUUGCUUCUGCUUGCUGGGGCAUCGAAGGACAGGGUUUUUGGUACGAAACGAAUCAAUAUAUUAAGUAAAAAUGGCACAGUGCGUGGUGUGAAGCACAAAGUUAGCGCGGGUCAAGCGCUUUUUAACAACCUCUCAAAUGUCUGUCAGCAGCCAACAUUGCUGCUGGAAUUUGGAAGAAUAGUAAUCUAUACUACGAGUUUCCGGGUAGUGAGAACAACCUUUGAAAGAUGUGAACUAGUGAGAAAGAUAUUUCAGAACCACAGAGUUAAAUUUGCAGAGAAAAACAUUGCGCUAAACAUUGACUAUGGGAAAGAGCUGGAGGAGAGGUGUAAGAGGGUGGCUGAAUCCCCUUCGCUUCCUGUGGUUUUCAUUGAUGGACAUUAUCUUGGGGGUGCAGAAAAAAUAUUGGCAAUGAAUGAAUCGGGAGAUCUGCAGGAUCUUUUAACCAAAAUUGAGAAAGUACAACAUCCUCAUGAGUGCACCUCUUGCGGGGGGUUUGCUUUUGUUCCUUGUUCAGUGUGCCAUGGGAGCAAGAUGUCAGUGUUCCGAAACUGCUUCACAGACUCUUUCAAAGCUCUGAAAUGCACUUCAUGCAAUGAGAACGGUCUGCAGCCUUGCAAGAGCUGCACCCACUGA